CCGGCGGCUCCCGCGGGGCGAGGGCGGGCAGGGCUGGGGGGGGGCCGCUGCUCCGCGCCUCGUCCCUCCGUCCUCAUCGCUCCGUCCUCGUCCUCACCGCCGUCCUCCGGCGCCUUCCUGCUCGGGUGAAGAAGCUGAGACCGUAGAGGGGUGUUGCGCCUGCUCCCAGACCGGCGACGGGAAGGACUGACAAACCCCAAGUGCCCACACCAGUCCCGGGUGGAGAUUCAGCUGAAACGAACCAGGAUGAGAAGCCACAGGCACGUCUCCUGCGCAGACCUGCAGUGUCCUGAGAUGGCCCCGAAGCCGCUGGGGCUUCCACCAGGGAGCCAAGGGAAAGGCUCUGCUGAGGAAGAUGUACACUGAGCUCCCCGCUCCAUCACUGGUCCUUGCAAUGGGUGGUGAAAGUGUUCAAGAUGUCAUUGAAGGUGCAGACGAGCAACAUCACGAAUAAGAAUGACCCCAAGUCCAUCAACUCCAGAGUCUUCAUUGGCAAUCUCAACACAGCCAUGGUCAAGAAGUCAGAUGUGGAGACCAUUUUCUCCAAGUACGGCCGAGUGGUGGGCUGCUCCGUUCACAAGGGCUACGCCUUCGUACAGUACUCCAACGAGAGGCACGCGCGUGCCGCUGUCCUGGGUGAGAACGGGCGUGUGCUUGCUGGCCAGACACUGGAUAUCAACAUGGCCGGGGAACCUAAACCUAACAGACCUAAAGGCCUGAAGAGAGCAGCCUCCGCGUUGUACAGCGGCUAUGACUUCGACUAUGACUAUUACAGAGACGACUUCUACGACAGGCUCUUUGAGUACCGGGGCCGAGUCUCUCCGGUGCCCAGGGUGGUUCCUGUGAAGCGGCCACGGGUCACCAUCCCCCUCGUCCGGCGCGUGAAGGCGACGCUCCCCGUCAAGCUCUUCGCCAGAUCGGCUGCCAUCGCCAACAGUUCGGCCAAGUUGAAGUGGCCAGAUGCUCCCAGGGAAAACCUUAAAAAACCCAAAACAUCUGGAACCAACACACCAGGCAAGGGCCUUUCAGAAGCCUGCAGGCUGCGAAUGCAGCAGGGGAAGGUGCACGUACAACUGAAGUGCAGCGAGCUGCAAACAAUCAAAACUGAGCUGACGCAGAUCAAAUCCAACAUUGAUGCUCUCCUGGGCCGGCUGGAGCAGAUCGCUGAAGAACAGAAGCUGUCCGCAGAUGUACGGAAGAAGGUGGAUGGCAACAAAAGCGAAGUCUCGCAGGAAGACACGGCAUCAGAGGCAGAGGUCAACACGGAGGAGCCGCUGAACGGGGACGAGGGUGAGGAAGAGGGUCUCGCACGGGAUGACUGUGAAGAUGAACUGGAGAACAGCCAUUACACAGAUGUGGAGGAUGCCAGACUACAGUAACCAGCCCAUUCAGAACAGCAGUGAGCAACAGUGUGAGGAAAGCACGAGGCUAACCCCUGUCUUGGCACGUUGAGCAAGACAAGCUGAAUCAAAGUGCUGCUGUCAUCUCUACCUGGCAUUCAAAAGGAGAAACACGGCCCGACAUCUUCCAUCCAUCUGUAAAACAAAGACAAAGAAAACUCAUCAUCCUGGCGAAUCCCCACUACCCCGUGCAAUGGAUUCAGAGCUCUGCAGGCAGCAGAGGCAGGAACCAGACCCUGCACAGUCCGUAACCAUCACUGACUGGAUAACGGGAGAGCGGUUGGGUCACCUAAUGAGUCAGAGAUGUUCUAGAGCUUUUUGUAGGAGAGGAGGGAGAACUAAGCCUAACCCAAUAAAGACAUUUUUUUCCCGUGCUAGGUGAGAGCCAGGGCAUUUGCUAACUGGGGGAAAAGUACUGUCUCAGUUUGGACAAUUUGUGUUCUCACGCUAAAGGUCAUGUUGAGGAAGAGGGUGUGGGGUGAGCUGUCCUCCCAGAGCAGUCACCUCCUGUCAAGUCUCUUUUGCCCCACGAGUUCCCGUGGGUACAUGGUCAUUUCCAGGGGGAAGGAGUCGGUGCUGGUGCAUGUGCUGUGCUCUUUGCAGCUGCUUGAAGAGAGGAAGGGGAAAGGAGGUUGCCUGCAGGCAAGCAAGUGCUCCCAAACAGACGAAACAAAGCAGAUGUCAUCUUCAAUGGUUUGGUCUCCUCGUCCUCCACUGGGAAGCCACUGUGUAAAGGCUGAGCAAGUCUCUGCAGAGGGAGGGGGUGCAAGCAUGCGUGGAUGAGACCCUUUUCUUGGACCAGCUGCUCCCUGGGAGGGAUGUAACCCACCUUCUCCAGCCCAGUGCCAGAGACAUCAGUCCCUUCCCAGGGUGCUCACGUCUCCUCUUGCCCCAGCCUCGCUGGGUGUUCACACCAACCCGGCACGGCAGGAGAGCAGCGCAACAGCUCCUGCUCCUGACUGCGAAGGCUGCACUCCAUCACCAGCCUGACGGGUCUGUGCAGCAUGACAACCUGCCUGAGCGUAACGAGACUGGUAUCGGUGAAUACCCCGAGCACGAUGCAUGUGGGCAUGCAGGCACCUCUCCUGCCUACCCAAAUUGAAGCUGCUGUUGACCCGUCCCACGUCCUGCAAGCAAAGGGCUGCAGCAGCCAGCACACAGCUUGUCGUGGGAACCCCUCACGUCACAACACCCAAGAGGUGUCUCAGCCUUUCUCUUCUUGCUCGUUCCUCCUUCAUGGGCUUAUCCAGUUUUUCCUGAGUUCGGGGGCAGAUGGGACUGAAACUCAGGCAGCACUUCGUUGAGAUCAGAUGUCUCCUGCCCAUCUUCCCCAUUCCCCUCCAAAACACACACACGUCAGUGCUUUGAAUCCAGAACGGUGUCCACAGCUUCUCCUUGGUCAAACCCUCCCACAAAACGUGUGGCUUCCCAGAUGGUAUAGAGUGCUCUGAAAGGGGACUCCUGCUUUCUGCUCCAGCGCUCAAAGCCGGACCUCAUCUACAGCAUCUCUCUUUGAAGGGUGAUGGGGAGAACAGGUGCCGGGGGCCAUGCUCCCCUCCCCUGAGGGCCAACCCGGAGCAAGCAUGGCUCUUGAAGCACAAUGUUUUAUUUGCAUUUCUUAGUUUCAAAUAAUUCAUGAGGGAUUUAAAGGGAUAACCGUGCUUUCCCCUACCUUUUUCCGGUUCCUGUACAAUUUAUCCAUUGUGUUGUACUGAGCCGUUGUAGAGCUGAUUCUAGGCUUUGAGAGAUGAGCUGCAGUUUUUGCUAUGAACUGACUGUGAUGCUGAUGUUUGGGAGAAAGGUGACCUUGUACAUACAAUCCUGUAUAAUAAAAGAAAGAAAUCUAA